AUGGCCGAGUCGAUCUUGUUUGGCGACUUUACGCCCGAGGAAGCCAAGACGCUAGCGCCGCCCGCGCCCAAGCCCCGCAAGACGUGGGGCCCGAUCCCGACGCCCGUGCACGUGCCCAUCCCGCGCAGCAACCCGCCGUCGCAGCCGGCAACGCCAACAAGGGCAACCUCCAAGCCUGCAACACCAUCAAGAGCGACCUCCAAGCCUGCAACACCGACGAAGGCGCCAUCCAAGCCAGCGACGCCGGUGCAAGCCCCGCCUGCCGUCCCGGCGCCUGCGAAGAAGCCCUUUUCGUGGGCAACGCACAGCCUCCCGACGACGCCAUCUGUCGCAGCGCCCACACCAGCGGCGCCUGCGCAGACAACGCCCGCACCGGCAGCAGCAGCGCCUGCGAAGUCUGCGCCUGCAGGCGGGCGAGGUCGCCAGCCCGGCGUACAAGCUGGUGCGCCGAACAGCGGCGCGCCGCCCAAGGCCAGCCCGUCGCCUGCCCCCAAAGUAGAUACGAACGAAGCUGCACCCGAAAAAGCCUCGAACGACGAGCCGGACGCCGACACGCCGCCGUUGCCGCCGAAGAAGCCGUUUUCGUGGUCGACGCACAACCUUGCCCCGUCGUCGGCGCCUGCGCCCGAAGCGCCGCCGGCACCAAUUGUCGAGCGCAAGUCGUUUGAAGCCGCCUUUGACGAUGCGCUGCGGGAGCUCGACUUGCACGCUGGCGCCCACGAUCUUCAGAAACGCGGUUUUGUCAACCAAGGCAACACAUGCUUCCAGAACGUGACCUUCCAAGCGCUCCUCGCCUGCGCCCCGUUCCUCAACAUGCUCGUGUCGAUGGCGGCGGUUGUCGACCUCCCGAAUGACGUGUACCCUGCGUGGUCGCACAUGCUCGCGCUCGUCCAUGCGUUCGAAGAGCCGACGCUGGGCCUCCACGUGCACAUGCGCAAGCUGCCCAAGAAGACAGCGUUCACGAUGCCCACCUACUUUCUCAAAGCGUUUCAGAUGGCCAACGGCAUGCAGCAGGACGCACUCGAGUUUCUCGAGUUCGUGCUCGACCGCCUCCACGUCGAGUACGAGCGCAGCGGCUGCGUCUUCCCGCAAGCCCCCAAGCGAGACAACGCGGACGAGGGCUGGGAAGAGAUUCAGGCCCACGGCCGCGUCGGCGUCGUGCACCACAACGUCGUCGAGACCGAGUCGCCGAUCACACACCUCUUCAAGGGCACGCUGCGGUCCGAGAUCCGCGCCGGCCGCAAGGUGAGCGCGUCGACGGUCGAGCCGUUCCACUGCCUGCACCUCAACAUGGGCACGACGCCCGAGACGCUACUCGAGAUGAUCCAGAGCUCGAUGGCCGACGAGGUGCUGGAGAGUCGCGGGACGAAGCGCACGUUCAUCGAGUCGCUUCCGAACGUACUGACAUGCCACGUCAAGCGCUUCACGUACGACCCGCGCCUCGGUCCGCUCAAGCUCAACACGUUUGUCGAGUACCCGCUCGAGCUCGUGCUCCCAACGACGCUCUUCUCGCCCAAGCUGCGCAAGGCCGACGCGGUCUACAAGCUCUUCGCCGUCAUUGCGCACCACGGCAUGGAGGCCGUCGGCGGCCACUACACCAUGUCAUGCUGCGACGCCAAGGACCAGUGGACGUGCUACGACGACGACACGGUCAUCCCGCGGACGACCGAGGCCGCGCUGCAAGAGAACGCAUACCUGCUCUUCUUCCAGCGCAUGCGAUAA